CUCUACUCCCCCCAGGACUGCCUGAUGAAAGAAUCUGUGAUCCGCCCGGAAAACAACCAGGUCAUUAACCUCACCACGCAGUACGCCUGGUCGGGGUGCCAGGUGCUGACCCAGGACUCCGUGCGGUAUCUGAGCUGCGCCAGCGGCCGGAGUUUCCGCUCGGUCCGCGAGCGCUGGUGGUACGUGGCCCUCAGCAAGUGCGGGGGUGAUGGGCUGCAGCUGGAGUACGAGAUGAUCCUGACCAAUGGCAAAUCCUUCUGGACCCGGCACUUCUCUGCCGACGAGUUUGGAAUCCUGGAGACAGACAUCACCUUCCUCCUCAUCUUCCUCCUCAUCCUCCUCAUCUCCUGCUACUUCGGCUAUCUGCUCAAGGGACGCCAGCUGCUCCACACCACCUACAAAAUGUUCAUGACGGCGGCCGGCGUAGAGGUGGUGAGCCUGCUGUUCUUCUGCAUUUACUGGGGUCAAUACGCCUGCGACGGCGUCGGGAACGGCAGCCUGAAGAUCCUGGCCAAGCUGCUCUUCUCCAUCAGCUUCCUCGUCUUCCUCCUGAUGCUGAUCCUGUUGGGGAAGGGGUUCACGGUCACCAGGGGUCGGAUCAGCCACACUGGCUCCAUCAAGCUCUCGGUGUACAUGACGCUCUACACCAUCACCCAUGUGGUCCUGUUCAUCUACGAGGCUGAGGUGAGACCCCCCCAGGGACUCCCCUCCCCCUCCCCCGGACCCCCUCUGGGACCCCUCCCUGACCCUGGGACCCCCACCCCCCGGUGCCCCCCUCGGUGCCCCCCCACCCACCUGUACGCGCACGCCAUGUUCCUGGUCGUGCCCCCCUGGUGCCCCCCCAACCACCUGUACGCGCACGCCGUGUUCCUGAUCAUGACGCGCCCCUCGGCGGCCAACAAGAACUUCCCGUACCACGUGCGCACCUCGCAGAUCGGCAUCAUGGAGGAGGGGGCGCCUGGCACCAAGUUCCCCCACCACGUCUACGGCAACGUGACCUUCAUCAGCGACUCCGUCCCCAACUUCACCGAGCUCUUCUCCAUCCCCCAGGGCCCGGUGCGGGGCGCCACCAACGCGCGUAAGCAGGUGGAGGAGACGCCGGCUGAGCGGAGCACGACCCCGAGCUGUGUGGUGACGACGUCAGAACUGAGCAGGCCCCACGUGGUGCUGAAACCCCCCCCGGGGGGCGAGAGCCAGCCCCCCCCGUACCAGCUACAGGCCCCCCAGCUGCACCCCCCCAACGGCUACACCGAGUACUUCAGCAUGCACACGGGGGGCGCACGGCCCGUCUAGGGGCCCAUCCCCCAUAGUCUGCCCCCAGCCCCCCCCAUGCAGACCAAGGGGGCCGGACCCCUACAUGUAACCCCUUCCUCCUGGGUAGUCCUUCACGCCUCCUUCAUGGCCCCCAGCCUCCUGCCCCAGUGCCCCAUGGGGGGCCCCCCAGCACAGCUGCCCCCGGCCUGCACUGACUGGGCUGGAGUGGGGGGUGAAUGGCCUCCCAUGGGAGCGGCCCAGCUCCCCUUCAACCCCCAGUGCGGGAGGCCUGGGGCUGGGACUGAAUGAACAUGGGGAUUGACCCCCCAGCAGGGCUAGGAGCCCCCCGCCCUGCCCCGCAUCAGCAUGGCCUGGGGACACAACCCCCCCGCCCCUCCCCUGGCGCCUAUCGAGUGGGGGGGGCAGUGUUCCCGUUACCACUCCCCACCCUGGUCAUCCCCUCCCAUGACCCAGGCUGCCUGUCCCCCCUCACCCGCCCAGGCUCCCCCCAGGGCCAUUUCCCCCCCAAGGCUCCCCCCCCGAGCCAUUUCCCCUCCCCCCCAGAGACA